AUGGCAACCUUCGUUCUCAUCAGACGACCGCGCGUCGUUACAAGAUGUCUGGAAACUACUAGACGAGGACAGUUCUGGAUUAACCCAUCGCGGGGACGAAGUCAGCAAGUCUCAGCUUCGGGAAAUUCCUCAACUACGGACAGUUUCACGGUCAAAGGUCAGCCUAGUCACGUGCAUCUCAAGCCAGAGUGUUCCAAGGCUGCACUGUCUGUCAAGGCAGCUGGUAAAUGGACACCCUCCCAGGGUAACACUUAUGAGGAAUGCGCUACCUGUGUAAUUGCCGCGUUGAAACAAUUUGACGAAUUAGGUUUCGUCGUUCAUCCGGAAAAAUCUGCGUUUAAUCCGUCUCAGAUUAUUAUGGUGUUAGGCUUUAUCAUCAACUCAGUCGACAUGACAGUUACGUUAACUGAUGAAAAACGUACGGAUAUUACAAAUAUGUGUGACACCGUAUUGAACUCACGCAAGAUAAAAAUUCGUGAUUUAGCCCAGUUAAUAGGUAAAUUAAUAGCCUCUUUUCCUGGGGUGGUGCAUGGCCCUCUAUAUUACCGUUCACUCGAAGCAGACAAAACCAAAGCACUUCGAAUAUCAAAAGGAAAUUUCGAUGAUACCAUGGGGUUGUCUGAAAACUCCCGCCUAGAGCUAAGGUGGUGGCUCGCAAAUAUCUCUCAUGUUCACAACGUCAUUUCACACAAAUUACCAUCUUGUACGUUGACGACUGAUGCUUCCCUUAGCGGAUGGGGAGCGGUUUUUCAAACAAGCAAAACGGGGGGAACCUGGGGUGAAGGGGAGAAACACCACCACAUUAACUACCUAGAAUUAUUAGCAUUAUAUCUUGGGUUACAAACCUACUGUUCUUCACUGAAUGAUACCCAUGUUAGGGUAAGACUAGAUAAUACUACAGCCGUUGCCGUAAUUAAUCAUAUGGGUACAAGCCACUCCGCCCAGUGUAAUGCUUUAGGCAAGGAAAUAUGGGAGUGGUGUAUCAUGCGAAAUAUCUGGCUUAGUGCGGCCCAUGUACCAGGUAUAGAAAAUACAGAGGCUGAUUUCGAAUCCCGCCAGAAACAAUCUAACACCGAAUGGAUGUUGAACCAUAAACGACUACACGAAGCGCUACUAAAACUAGACUUCGUUGCCAACGUAGACGUGUUUGCUUCCCGCUUAAACACACAGUUCCCGUCAUACAUUUCGUACCGUCCCGACCCGGGAGCUAAGGCCGUGGACGUUUUUCUGUUGACCUAUCCGAAGUAA